AAGCCCAUAGAGCGGUGCUUGCUGCAUUUUCUAACUAUUUCAAGAUGAUAUUUAUUCACCAAACAAGACCAUGUAAGUGGGUGGGUCAGAACCAAGAGUGAAAUCCAAGAGAGGAAGAGGAAAUCCUGAGAUAUCAGGACUAAAGAAGUGGAUUGCCAACAUUCUGACACCCAGUGCAUUCUGAUGCAUUGACAUAAACUUCUGCUUCAGGGAAGUGAGUGCAUAAAAAUACAACCAACUGACAUCCAACCCGACAUAUUCAGCUAUUUGUUGCACAUUAUGUACACGGGGAAAGGGCCAAAACAGAUUGUGGAUCAUAGUCGUUUGGAGGAAGGGAUUCGAUUUCUUCACGCUGACUACCUUUCUCACAUUGCAACUAAAAUGAAUCAAGUGUUCUCACCAGAGACAGUGCAGUCCUCAAAUUUGUAUGGCAUUCAGAUCUCAACGACCCAAAAAACAGCUGUCAAACAAGGGCUGGAGGUCAAAGAAGCUCCUUCCAGUCACAGUGGAAACAGAGUUCCUCCCCAGGGUGACCACCCCCAGUUGCAGCUCUCUCUUGCUAUUGGGCUAGAUGAUGGCACUGCAGACCAGCAGAGGGCCCAUCCUGCUACCCAGGCUUUGGAGGAACACCAGAAGCCCCCAGUGUCCAUCAAGCAGGAGAGAUGUGACCCAGAAUCUGUGAUCUCACAGAGCCACCCCUCACCCUCAUCAGAGGUGACAGGCCCCACUUUUACCGAAAACAGUAUCAAAAUACACUUAUGCCAUUAUUGUGGGGAACGUUUUGAUUCUCGUAGUAACCUAAGACAACAUCUCCAUACCCAUGUGUCUGGAUCGCUCCCAUUUGGUGUUCCUGCUUCCAUUCUGGAAAGUAAUGACCUUGGUGAAGUGCAUCCACUAAAUGAAAAUAGCGAGGCUCUUGAAUAUCGCAGGCUCAGCUCCUUCAUUGUCAAGGAGAAUGAACAGCGGCCUGACCACUCAAACCGGGGUACCACAGAGCCUUUGCAGAUCAGUCAAGUGUCUUUGAUCUCUAAAGAUACAGAGCCAGUAGAAUUAAACUGUAAUUUUUCUUUUUCAAGGAAAAGAAAAAUCAGCUGUACCAUCUGUGGUCAAAAAUUUCUUCGGAAGAGCCAAUUGCUGGAGCACAUGUAUACACACAAAGGUAAAUCUUACAGAUAUAACCGAUGCCAAAGGUUUGGUAAUGCAUUGGCCCAGAGAUUUCAUCCAUAUUGUGACAACUGGUCUGAUGUCCCCCUGAAAAGUUCUCGCUUGUCUCAAGAACAUGUAGAUUUGCCUUGUGCCUUAGAGUCAGAUCUCACACAAGAAAAUGUGGACACUAUCCUAGUUGAGUAGCAGCUUCUCCUUCAGAAUUUUAUACCAAUUCUGAAAAAGAAAAUUCACAUGGCCUUUUUUUUUCAUAAUUAUUUUCUUCCUCAAAUUCUGUUGACUUUCUUUCUUUACAACUUUUCCAGUGUUAAGGUUGUAUAUAUUAUGUUUUCUUAUAAGACAUAUUAAUACAUGCUGUUAAAAUGUAACUUUUGGGGGGAGGGAAAAAUAUAUAGCCUUCAAUCAGUGCUGGUAACUAUUCAUAAAUCAUAAUUUAGAAAUCAGAAAUUAAUGUAGAAAUAUUGAAACUUUAUAUAGUGAAUAG